AUGCAUUCCAAAUCCUCGGCUGCCGCCCUUCUGGCACUUGCAGCAUCCUCUUUUGUCGCCGCCGCUCCGGCGAACACUCCCGUUGGAACUCCAGUCGGGACUCCAGUUGGCACUCCAGUCGGUACUCCAGAUGAUGAGACUGUGAUCGAGACUGUCCACAAGACUGCGAUUGUGACUGUUGUUGGCACCGCUGACUCGGAAUACUAUUCUACCCAGACCCAAUACCAGUACUACACCACACAGACACCUGACAGCAACAACAACAACAACUACAACAGCAACAACAACGGCAAUGGAGACGGCAACGGCAAUGGCUACGACUCCAACCCCACGACUGGCAAUGUCAUCACUGUCAGCUACGAUGUCUCUCCCAUCCCCACCGAGGUGCAUCCCGAUGGCAACAAGUUCCGCUUCCCGCUCUCCAACGACUUCCCCAACCCCAACCAGAAGGAGCUCGACGACAUCCAGGAGAUCGCGGGCGGCACGCUUCCCAACGGAGGCGGUGGUGCGCCUCCAAGUGCCGAUGCCCUCACCUCGCUGAGGUUCAUUGCCUUCAACGAGCUCUUCGAGGUGGCCUUCUUCACCGACCUGCUGAAGAACAUCACGCACAACGUGCCUGGCUACCAAGUCAAGGAUGCCACCAAGCUCAACAUCGACCUUGACGACCUGAUCAUCAUUCUCGCCACUGUUCAGGCGCAGGAGGAGCUUCAUGAGCUCAAUGCCAACGGAGCGCUGGCCAAGAAUAACGCCGGUCCCAUCCAGCCGUGCGAGUACGUUUUCGGAGUGGACAACCUGAAGGAUGCCAUCGCCACGGCAGCGACCUUCACCGACGUUGUUCUCGGCACCCUGCAGGAUGUCGAGAACGACUUUGGACUGAGCGGCGACAUCGGGCUGAUCCGUGGUGUUGCUUCGGUCAUCGGGCAGGAGGGCGAGCAGAACGGCUUCUACCGGCUGUUCCAGGGCAAGCGUCCGUCGGCCGAGCCCUUCCUGACGGCAAGCACCCGCCAGUUCGCCUUCUCGGCGCUGAACCAGAUGUUCGUGGUUCCGGGCACCUGCCCCAACAUCGACACCAUCGACCUCCCCAUCUUCGAGCCGCUCAAGCUGAUUGGGUCGGCGCAGCCCAAGGACAGCAUCGUCACGUUCCAGAUCCAGGCCAACAGCACCAUCCACGAGGAAGACCUCUCCCUUGUCCUGAUCAAUGGCCAGAACCUGCCCAUCAUCGAGAAGCUGAAGAACGUCAAGAAGAUGGACCACGGCGUCAUCCAGUUCGACGCCGACUUCCCCUUCGAUACCAACCUCCUGUUCGGCCUGACCAUCGCCGUCGUCACGAACACGGACAAGGGCCUUACCGAUGUCGACAAGGUUGCUGACGCAACCGUCUUUGGCCCGGCUCUGAUUGAAGUCAAUUAA